AUGACAGAACAGAUGACAAAGAGGACCAUUGGAAGCGUGGACCGUGAUGUGUCAUACCAUGAGGAUAUGUUUCGUUCGAAAAAACUGAAAGUGAACUCAGAUGAAGGCACUGAACAGACUGCUAAGCAACAACACAAUGAGGACCGAAACAACAGCAACUGUCCUGUGAAAGUAAAGGUAAAUGUUUCUGAAUGCAACAAACAUCCAAAAGUUACUGGUACUGAUCCGACUCCAUAUAGAAUUGUUGUUAGCGAGAAUCACAAGGACAGAAAUUUUGACGAUGAGGCACAAAAAGCAUCAACCAUACUAAAAAAUAUAGUGAUGGAAAAGAUGAAUGAUAGAAUAUCUGAUUCACAAGAACAUUCAACAUCAGCUUUUCAAGGAGUUCAGCAACAUAAUUAUCAACCCAUGGUACCGUUGACAUGCAAAAUUCCAUUCUCACGCCCAAUAGCACCAAUACGCUAUCUUCCUGUCCAGAGCAACGUUUAUCCACAAUUCGUGAGACACAACGCUACUACGGUCGGAAAUCUGGCAUCACUACCUGCUCAGGUUGGUAUGCCAAGAAUGGUUCAACAGCCGGGAAAAACGAUGGUCCAGCCAAUUCCACCGGUGUCUUCAGUUACGAGAACUUUGCUACCGACAUGCGGGGCAUUGCCAACAGUUAUUCCAACGUCAACUGGAACAGCCACCCAAUCAACAGGAACCAUGACGUCGAUAAAUGAUCCUAGUUUGCCAAGUAAUGAAUACUUCAGCAAUAUUACUAGCCCGGCGAUUAAAACUACUGUUCAGGUUAUGCCUGGCACAUCAAUGAUGUACAAAACCCCAGGCGCAACUUUCAGAAACCGACAUGGCAAAGUCAAACGCCCGAUGAACGCGUUCAUGGUUUGGGCGCGGAACUACCGGAGUCGUCUCUCUGAGGAAAUGCCACAAGCUUCUAAUGCACAAAUCAGCGUGCGACUCGGAGAGAUAUGGGGAAGUAUGUCGCUUGCCGAGAAGGAAAAGUUCUUCAGGGAAGCGGAACGCAUCAAGCUGCAACACAACCGAGAUUUUCCAGGUUGGGUAUACCAACCCAAACAGAAGAAAGUCCAAAUUGAGACCCAGCAUGACCGCCUUUGGGCGAGAUUUGGAUCAAACUCAUGCAAGGAACAUCCGACAGAAAUGGCAACCAAUCCUCCACAUGAAGUAGCAACUCAUCAAAUUGUCACCCCUACUCCAGUGACCGUGUACCCAAAAACUUCCAUUGUCAACACAUCCAAUGUAUGCGUGACGUCUCCACUUCCUUCCUUUUCCCAGCUGACACAGACAGUUACUGGUCCCAAACCAAUAUUAUCCAUGGAGACAGAAGGACAUCAGACGUCGGGGACUAGAGGCAGGGAGUCAUUUGACAAAGAAUCGAUCGGGAGGCCAACAGCCUUCAAGUCAGUGAGCAGCAGUCAAACACCGGUCGUUACUAGACAAGUUCUAUCCAAGAAGGAACAUGGCCCAACACUUCAGUUAACAUCAUCUGCAGUAUGCCAAUCUCCACUGAAGAUGACAGCUUCUUCUUUGACAACUAGAGGAAGUCCUGCUAGCGGGAAUGUUAGGUCACUGUCCAGUGCAGUGACGGGAUGUCCCUCCCCUAAAGGUCGACCGCCAAGUAUUUCCCGUAGAAUUCCUCAUGCACCAGAGAUGCUGAUUUCCACACAACGGUCCUACAGGGAAGCGAUCUUCACCAAGAGCAAUUCCAUUAGUCCACCCAAAACCAAGUCUGUUUCCUCUGGACCCAUUUUGAGUACUUCCACUUCGGACACGAUGCUACAGAAAGCAAACGUCACGCCUCUGACAACGACCAGCGACGUCAGAGUGACGGGAUCACAUAGGGGUAGCGCGGAUCCCGUUGACGAGUUGUGGCCGUUCCCUCUCCCCUCAGUAGAACAGACGCAUCACGUGGAUGUGCUAUAUGAUGAUCAUCUCCGUUAUGAGCGCGACAGUGGCACGGGAUUCAUUGAUCCCUACAACCCGUUUUAUUACGACGGCAGUUAUGACGAAACAAGGUCAGGGUUACAGGUCGACGUAAACAGUUGGCAGAAAUAUUUGAACUACACAAAGAUGCAAAGCGAAUCGGAGGACAAGACAAAUCUGACCAAGUACUUUCCUACGCCGCCACCGCUUAGCAAUAGCAGCAGCAGCUGGUGUGACCAGAUUCCCACUAUUACUGACCAUAGUGUCCAGCAAGAAGUCACUCGUCCUAAACAGACUGGAAAUGGAUCGGACCACGAACCACGCCGCACAUCCUCCGAAUCUUGUUUUGCGUCUUCUCUGACUAGUGCUAUAAACGUACUUGAUGACGUCAGUAAUAGCACCGUCGACUACGCCGACGGAAAUCACCGUGGUUACCAGCAGAGCAACACAUCACAGCCAUCAGCAGACGUCGCAGAUCUGCAGUAUCAAAACAAUACUCUUCAAGCUUUAGAUCUCAGUUCGGGUACUCGAGCACAAACAAGUGCGUCAAAUAUUGUUUACCUAGGACAGGAAACCGCUCAUAUAGGGUCUGGCGAUGGUGUCGGAUCUAUUCCUAUGGAGGCGGGAAGUCCACCAGGUAAAUCUGAAGAUUCGAGACCAUUGAAGAAGAGAAUAGAGCGAUACAGGAAGGAAUUCAUCAACGGAAGGCCUUAUGUCACAGCAGGUGAUGUUCCGACGGGAACUUAUCUCGAAGAUGUGGUGUUCCUUACAUCCCCAGAGAAGGCAGCAGAAGAAGAGGUUUUGUCUGGUAACUUGUCAAGGCAUGCAAAUGGGUAUACCUCCACCGAUCCAACUAGAGACCCUAUCACCUCUCAAGGGAUCGUAAUAGAUGUAGCACAUGACUUUGUCAAAUCGCUUAAAUCGGGCGCAGUUAUCACCGAUCUUACUCCCGUAAAUAUGACAAACGUGAAGUCAAUCCAUAUUGAUGCCAAAGCUGUUGAACGUGCAACAAACCAGAACCGAGACAACAGUACAGAAAGAAUGAGAGAUACCGAAAAAGGUUUAGAAGUUGUGAAUUACACUGAACCUUGUAAAGUCAAUAUAAAGGAAGAAGUGUUGGGUGAUCACUAA